GUCCGAGUCAAGCGAGUGGUGGACAAGAAGAGAUUGUCUAAACUGGAACCAGAACCAAACGCAAAGGCAAGAGAAUCCAUGUCUUCUGAGAAAGUUUCACAGAGCCCAUCAAAAGACUCUGAAGAAAAACCUGUCCCUGAAGAAUAUACAGAAAAGAUUCCAGUUGAAGCACAACCUGAAUUGGGAAACUGGGGAGAUGGCAAAGGUGAAGAUGAGUUAUCCCCAGAAGAAAUACAAAUGUUUGAACAAGAAAAUCAGCGCCUGAUUGGUGAAAUGAACAGUCUGUUUGACGAAGUGAGGCAAAUAGAAGGGAAAGUGGUUGAAAUCUCCAGACUCCAAGAGAUCUUCACAGAGAAGCUUUUACAGCAGGAAGCCGAGAUUGACAGUAUUCACCAGUUAGUAGUUGGAGCAACUGAGAAUAUCAAGGAGGGCAAUGAAGACAUCAGAGAGGCCAUCAAGAACAACGCCGGCUUCCGGGUGUGGGUGCUCUUCUUCCUAGUGAUGUGCUCCUUCUCCCUGCUCUUCCUCGACUGGUACGACAACUAGGCGGCCCGGCGGAUGGUGCCCGGAGCCCCUGACAGGGAGCGGGGCUGAGACCUGUGCUCACAGAAGGGACACCAGACCUGUGGCUUAAGCCUGCAGUAAUGAAAAAGAAAACCACACAACUG